UCCCACAGGAAGUCGCAACUUGCAUACGGAAGGAAUGGAAGGAAUGAUGUUGAUGUUUGUUGGAUAGCUAGCGAAAGCAAUGUGUCAGUGUGGAAUAGUGGCAACAAGUUGAAAGAGCUCGGGUGAACUGACACAAGCUCAGGAUGCUGGAGUCCUACGUCACUCCGCUCUUGAUGAGCUAUGUGAACCGCUACAUCAAGAACCUGAAGCCCUCGGACCUGCAGCUGUCUCUGUGGGGGGGAGACGUGGUCCUCAGCAAGCUGGAUCUCAAGCUGGACGUGCUGGAGCAGGAGCUGAAGUUACCUUUCACCUUCCUGAGCGGUCACAUCCACGAGCUGCGAAUCCACGUGCCAUGGACGAAGCUUGGCUCAGAGCCGGUGGUCAUCACCAUCAACACCAUGGAGUGCAUCCUGAAGCUGAAGGAUGGAGCCCAGGAUGACCACGAGAGCUGUGGCUCCAGCUCCACCAGUCGCAGCGCCUCCGACAGCUCCAAGUCUCUGGCCAAACCACGCCGGGUGCAGCAGGCCGCCCCCACCGACCCAGACCUUCCCCCAGGGUAUGUUCAGAGUCUGAUAAGGCGGGUGGCCAACAAUGUCAACAUCGUGGUGAACAACCUCAUCCUGAAGUAUGUGGAGGACGACAUCGUGCUGUCCGUCAACAUCACGUCAGCGGAGUGCUACACCGUGGACGAGCUGUGGGACAGGGCCUUCAUGGACAUAGCUGCUCCUGAUCUGGUUUUGAGAAAGGUGAUUAAUUUCUCGGACUGCACGGUGUGUCUGGACAAGAGGAACGCGAGUGGGAAGAUUGAGUUCUACCAGGACCCGCUGCUCUACAAGUGCUCCUUCCGAACACGCCUGCACUUCACCUACGACAACAUCAACUCCAAGAUACCGGCUGUCAUCAAAAUCCAGACCAUGGUGGAGAGCCUGAAGUUGUCCAUGACUGACCAGCAGCUGCCCAUGUUCAUUCGCGUCAUGGAGCUGGCCAUAGCACUGUACUACGGCGAGAUCGGUGCCCACAAGGAGGGCGAAGGCGAGGAGGGAGCGGGCAGUGCCAGGGAGGUGGUGGUCAGCAUCCCAGGUAUGGAGGUGGACCUAGACCCCCAGGCCAUGGCGAGCCAGUACCCGAGCCCAGACCUGUACAUGUCCCCGGGGUCGGACGAGGACGAGCAGGGCUGGGUGUCCUGGGCCUGGUCGUUUGUCCCAGCCAUCGUGGACGGGGACGAGGAGGACGGGGAAGGGGGUUUCUACUUGGAGGACAACGAAGACGGGGGGAGUCCUAGCAGUCCACUGCCACACACGCCCAAAGACCCUGUGGUGUCCAUCGGCUUCUACUGCACGAAGGCGUCAGUCACGUUUAAGCUGACGGAGACGCAGUCGGAGAGCAGCUACUACAGCCCCCAGAAGGUGAAGUCGAGGGAGGUGCUGUGCGUGGAGCAGGAGGGCAUCACUGUGGAGGCGCUCAUGAAGGGAGAGCCCUUCUUCGACUGUCAGAUCGGCUUUGUGGGGUGUCGGGCCCUCUGCCUGAAGGGCAUUAUGGGUGUGCGGGACUUUGAGGAGAACAUGAACAGACCUGAAGAGGAUGCUGUGUUCUUUAACUGCGGAGAGAACCUGAGCUCUAAAGGCAUGACUUACCUGACCAACUCCCUAUUCGACUACCGCAGCCCUGAGAACAAUGGUGUCCGCGCCGAGUUCAUCCUGGACGGAAACCUACAUAAGGAGACCUACACAGAGAUAGCAGGCAUGCAGAGGUUUGGUGCUUUCUACCUGGAUUACCUCUACACAAUGGAGAAUGGUGGCGACAAAGUGUGUAUAGGGUCUCAGGACUUCUCGUCAGCGGGUAAGGAGGAGCCGACGCCACCGACACAGGAGUCGUCUAUAAAGCGGAUGGUGGUCGGUCCUGUGGACGUGCGUCUCCAUAGCAGCGCUGUGCACCGCAUCCUCAAGAUGGUGGCCUGUGCCCUGGACCACGAGUAUGAGCCCUACUGCCGACCCCAGCCAGAUGUGGUGGAAGAGAGCCGGGCGCCCCCCACCCAGGAGGAGCUGGCUGCCCUGGAGGAGUUCAUCCCCACACGCCUCACCUCCGUCACGCUACUCAGCAUCUCCGUCACUCUCUGCAUGGCCGAGUUCAACCUUCUACACACCGUCCUGCCCCUCAUCAUGAGACACAAGACUCCCCCUCCCCAGGUCAGUGCUCCGGUGUUCCAGGCAGUGCGGCCGCUGCCGGUGCUUCGCCUGCUGGUGGAGCGGGUCAACCUGGAGCACUCGGAGCCCAUGUAUGCCCCUGAGCUGGUCAGCGCCGCCAGCAGCCUCUCCCAGCCCUCCGAUAACCUGCUGCAUCACUGCUACGCACACUGCUACCUCAAGGUGUUUGGAUUCCAGGUGGGCUUGAGCUCCAUGGACGCCGAGAGCAACUUCCUCCCUCUGAUUCCCAUCAUCCCGUCCUUCAGCACGGCUCUGUACGGGAAGCUGCUCCGCCUGCCCGCCUACUGGACUAAGAGGUCUUCUGUGUCCAUCACCGAGUGCAUUUUUGAGCUGCCCCACUUCUCGCUGCAGGGCAGCCGGGCCCAGAUGCUGCUGCUGCAGGCCAUCAGUCAGAGCUGGACCCACAGCCUGGGGAACGGGGCCUCCCCGGGGGUCAGUGAAAGCCUUCUCAACGACGUGUACAAAACACCAGCCCAAGGUGUGAAGCCAUCGAGUUCCGCGCCUGUCCUGGAGGCCUCCGUGCAGAGCGUGGAGCUGAAGUUGUGUCGCCGGGCGACAGUGCAGUGUGCCUCGGGGACGGUGCGGGCCAUAAAAGUGUGUGCCAGGAGUUCUGCAGAGGGCCAGAAGGAACGUUUGGUUCCGCUAAUCCAGGGCCCGUCUGACACCAAAGAGCUCCACCAGAGCCGCUGGCUGAAUGAGUUGCGGAAACCCGAGUCCCUGCUCGCCCCCGACCUGCUCGCCUUCUCCGUUCAGGUGCCACAGCAGGGCGACGACUGCCGCAACUCAGGUGCCGUGCUUCUGGUCAGUGUGCAGGGCAUAGCAGUGAAUGUGGACCCAGUGUUCUGCACGUGGCUCCUGUACCAGCCGCAGAAAUGGAGCAGCAGGCAGCAGCAGCAGCAGCAGCAGCAGCAGCAGCAGGCGCAGGGCGUGGGCGCCAUGGUGAUGGCGGGGGCCAAGCGUCGGGAGGACGAGGUGUCGAUGGGGAGCGCACCUCAUGCCAAGCAGCCCUCCAACCAGGCCUCGGACUAUGCCAGCAGCCCCGUCAAAACCAAGACUGUUACAGGUACCCCCUCCCCCCAACACACACACACACACACACACACACACACAUACACGCACUCCGCUCCUGUGUGUGUGUGUGAUAUGGUUUUCCCUCAGCUGGAGCUGCAGUCGUGCUGUGUGUUCGUUCCCAACGACAGCCUUCCCUCGCCGAGCACCAUAGUGUGCGGGGACAUCCCGGGCACCGUGCGCAGUUGGUACCACAACCAGGCCACCAUGCCUGGGACUCUGGUGGUCUGUUUGCCCCAGAUCAGUGUGAUGAGCGCGGGACACAAGUACAUGGAGCCCCUGCAGGAGAUCCCGUUCGUGGUUAUCCGGCCCAUUCUGGAAGAGGGUGAUGCGUUCCCGUGGACAGUGAGCCUGAGCCAGUUCAGUGUGUACACUCUGCUGGGUCAGCAGCGCUCGCUCAGCCUGCUGGAGCCCAUGGGCUGCACCUCCACGCUGGCCGUCACCUCACACAAGCUGCAGCAGGCACCCGCCGUCCCCCCCACAGCCGCUGCCCCAGAGGGACAACAUCGCCAUGCCUUCAUCGUGUGCCUGCACGUGGACCUGGAGCCGCUGCACCUCAAGUGCUCCAACCCACAGAUGCAGUUGCUGUAUGAGUUGUUUCUGAGCUGGAGCUCCACCUGGUCACGCCUGCAGAGGCGGGGCAUCCUCCGACAGACCUCCGGCUUCCCUGACCCCCCCGCCACUACCGCCGCGACCGCCGCCGGACCGCCCUCGCCAGUACCCAGCAGCGCCGGCACCGCCCCCCCGGACACCAGCACCUGCAGCCCCUCCGCUGACCUCUGCUCCCCCACUGAGGGGGACUCUGUGCAGGCGGCCGAUGACUGUCCAUUCUCAGAGACGGUCACUCUGGAGCAGAGGACCAGCAGCAUCGGCGGCUCCAGUGGGAAGGUCAGCCUGUGGAUGCAGUGGAUGCUGCCCAAAAUCACCGCCAAACUCUUCGGCCCAGACCCCCUCAACAAGAAAUCCGAGAUCUGUGUGAUCAGCGAGCUGGAGGAUCUAAGCGCAUCGGUGGACGUGCAGGACAUCUACACCAAAAUCAAGUGUAAAGUGGGCAGCUUCAACAUCGACCAUUACAAAACCAGGCCGGGUGAGGGCUGGCAUACCGGCCAUUUUGAAGGCGUCAUUCUACAAUGCAAGGAGAAGGCAGUGACGGCCGCCAAAGCUCUGGAGGUGUCCCACCAGCAGCAUGGCUUCCUGUCCGUCACUUACACGCAGGCCGUGACGCGCAACGUGCGCCACAAGCUGACAGCACGGCAGGAGCGGGGGCCCGCGGGGGGGCCUGCUGAUGGGCGGCAUGGGGGGUUCCAGGGGAGGGCCAGCUGCCGGGGUAUCGCCGGGGGCGAUGAUGGACGGCUCGCCGCAGCACUUGCACGAGAUCCUGCUGACGGCGCAGCCCUUCGACCUGGUGCUGUCCUGCCCCCUGCUGGCCGCCGUCGCUGGGGUGUUCCGCGUGGCGCCAGGGCCGUCGUCACGGCGACGGGCUCUGAGGGAACGAGGAAGGCAGGCGGCCAACCCAUGCGUAGCCACGCUCUCACCUCCAGCAGCCUGCCACUCAUCUACAUCAACACCAGUGUCAUCCGCAUCUUCUGCCCCACAGACACAGACUCCCCUCAGAAGAAGGAGGACACUCUGGUGCUGAAGAUUGGCUCCGUCAGCAUGGCCCCUCAGGCAGAUAACCCUCUCACCCGCACCGUGCUGCGCAAGGACAUCUACCAGAGAGCUCUGAACCUGGGCAUCCUGCGUGACCCAGGCUCUGAGGUGGAGGACCGGCAGUACCAGCUGGACCUGCAGUCAAUGAACAUUGGCACGGCCCGCUGGGAGCAGCUCCGACCCGAGAAGGACGCGGGGAAAGGAGGUUCGCCUGCUGAGGGAGAGAGGAACUCCCAGAAUCCCGCGCUGGAGUGGAACAUGGCCAGCAGCAUCAAGCGGCAUCAGGAGCGGAGGGCCAUCCUGACCCCCAUCCUCACAGAUUUCUCUGUGCGUGUCACCGCAGCUCCCGCCAUCAUCUUCAGCAAGCCCAUCUCCCCCGACAACACCCAGGUGGAGGAGAUAGUGGUGUGCGGACAUUCCCUGGAAGUGAACAUCACCACGGGCCUGGACUUCUUCCUGAGCGUGGCCCAGGUUCAGCUCCUCCAGCAGCUGCUGCACGCCAACAUGCUGGGGGCCGAGACUCCGGAGAAGAGUGCAGAGGCACGCGGUCAGGAGCAGCACAGCACCCUCUCCUUUGCCCCCGGCCUGGCUGAGAGUGUGUCUCGCCCCAGCGCUGGCGGCGGCGGUGGCGGAGGUGGAGGUGGCGCCCAGGACAGCGGCUUUGGCAGUGACAGCGCCCGCCUGCGCAUUGUGCAGAUCGAGCAGCAGAGCGGCGCCAGCCACCACCGUCUGGCCCGGCCCUCGCGCCAGCCCACCAUCACCAAGAACCUCAGCUUCAUCCCCUUCGACAUCUUCCUCACCGCCGGCCGCGUCGCGCUCAUGACCUACGCCUCGACCCGCGUGCCCAAACCGCCUCCCGCCGCCAACGCCCCCACCUCCGCUGGUGACCGCCCCAGCAAGAGUGCCCUGAACAUGCCCGAGGGAGAUCACCCCUCUGACCCCUCCUCCACCCCCCCACCCCCUGCCGUUGCUGCCACAGUGACCUCUGACCUCUCUGUGCUGACCGCAGAGGACAUCCUGAACAGUAACACCCCUCCAGUGGUGGUUGGGGGGCGCUCAGGUGGGGGGCUGCUGUCUCUGGAGAGCAUCCAGGUGCCCAGCCGUUCCUCGGCGCGGCAGGCCCUGGGGGUGACGGUGGUGAGGCAGCCCGGGCGGAGGGGCGCGGGGGACGCCCUGCUGGAGCCGCUGCUCUACCUGCAGGUGUUCCAGCCCUCCGCCCUGCUCUCCUGCCACCACCGCAAGCAGAGGCUGGAGCUCUCCGUGUUUGACGUGGCCCUCAAGGGCGUGGCCCCCAGCUACAAGUGCAUCGAUCCAGGGAAGAGUCUUCCUGAGGCUCUGGACUACAGUGUGUUCUGGCUGCAGACGGUAGCAGGAGAGGCAGACAGCCGCACAGGAAUCCCCCCACCUCUGCUCACCCUGCAGAUCAAAGACUUUCUCAACGGCCCAGCGGAGCUGAAUGUGGAGCUCUCCCGUCCCCUGAAGAUUAACCCCACGCUCGCCAAGCUGGAGCAGGCCAAGGCUUUCCUGAGGAAGGUUUUCCCAGAAGCCGGGGACCGCCUGGAUCCCGGACGAGCCCCCAGUGCGCAGUCCUCCCCAGGCAAACCCGCCUCACCCCGUGCCUCUGCCCCCUCGUCCCCGUCCAGGACCUGGGGUCACGCAGGCCCCCUCCAGGCACUCCAGCCCUUCCACAAGGUCUCACUGAGCACCGUCCAGAUUGUGGUCGCCAUGGAGACGGACACUCACCCAUCACGGCCGAGCCUGACGGUGUCCGUGUCUGGGAUGAAGGGCAGCCUCAUCAUGAGGCACGGGCCUAAGCUCACAGACCCAGUCCAGCUGGCGUCUCUGCUGGUGGAGGUGGAUGACCUGCUGGUGAAGACGGGCCUGCGGGAUCGGAACCGGCUGCUCCUGGGGCCGCUCACCUGCGGCGCGGAGCUGGAGGCCUGCUGGUGCAGACACAGUGGCAGCCCUGGACCGGAGCCAGGUCCACCCAAACUGCUGCUGGACCUCAAGGGAGGCCUCCUGCAGGUCUUCUGGGGUCAGGAGCACAUGAACUGCCUGUUGCUGAUCCAGGAGUACCUGCAGGGCUUCUUGCAGAAGAGCGCCCAUGCCGACCCUGGGCCCGAGGAGCAGCCCCCCACCUCCAGGCCCCAGUCACCCCCCGGCCCCCAGCCCUCCAAGACAGAGCACAGCUCAGACGACCUCCGCACAGGCCUCUUCCAGUACAUCCAGGACCCAGCCUCUCAGAAGCUGCCUGGUGCCCAUGAGGUGGUGUUCUACAGCGAGACGGACGACAGCCCUGGGGUCAUGAUGUGGAGGUACCCGGAGCCCCGGGUCCUGACCUUCGUGCGGAUCACUCCGGUCCCCUUCAACACCACGGAGGACCCCGACAUCAGCACCGCAGACCUGGGCGACGUGCUGCAGGUUCCCUGUAGCCUGGAGUACUGGGAUGAGAUCCAGCGGGUGUUUGUGCCCUACCGGGACUUCAGCCUGUCGGAGAGCAGUGCGUGUGAGCUACAGCUGCCCAGCCUCAGCCUCGGCCUUGGCCUGGCCAAUCAGCAGAAGGAGCUGGUGGCCUCUGACCUCUGGAGGGUCGUGGUCAACAGCACAGCCGACACGGGUGAUGAGCAGAGCUCAGACAGUGAGUCGAGCUCCCAGCUCCAGUGUGACCAGCUGGUGUCGCCCACUGCCCUGGCCGCCUGCACCCGAGUGGACUCCUGCUUCGCCCCCUGGUUCGUGCCCUCGGUGGGCAUCUCCCUGCAGCUGGCCCAGAUCCAGCUGAGACUCUGCCACCACCUGGAGCAGCUGGGCACAGCCCCGUGCCAGCGGCUCCGUCCCUUCCUAUCAGACAGGAAGUUACCUCAGGAGCAGGAGUACAUGCUGAUUGGUGUGCAGGAGCCACGGGCGUACCUGCGCCAGUGGAGCGGGCGACGGCCCUCGCAACUCUACCAGGAGCUGAGCCUGUCCAGCGGGCUGGAGUGCCAGCUGCUGGAGUACCGCAACCUGACGCUGCGGCCCCUGGUGCGGCCCUUCACCCUGCGGGGCCAGGCCGCCGUCACCCAGGGCGCCCAGCAGAGGCUGCUGGAUGGGAGCGUGUUUGUGGAGCCCGUGUUCGCCACCGUCAGCCAGCACAUGGUGCACACAGUGGACACGGCCAUCAAGGGCUGGCAGCAGAACCUGGACCCCGAGGCGGAGGAGCUGGUGUUCAGCCACUACGUGAUCUGCAACGACACCCAGGAGACGCUGCGCUUCGGCCAGGUGGACACGGACGAGAACGUGCUGCUGUCCUGUGUUAACAGCCACCAGUACAGCUGGCGCUCACACAAGUCCCCCCAGCUGCUGCACAUCUGCAUCGAGGGCUGGGGGAACUGGCGCUGGUCGGAGCCCUUCAGCAUUGACAACGUGGGGACGCUGCUAAGGACUAUCCAGUACAAAGGCCAGACCGCCUCCCUCAUCAUCAAGGUGCAGCAGCUCAGCGGGGUCCAGAAGCAGGUGGUGAUCUGUGGGCGGCAGGUGAUGUGCAGCUACCUGAGCCAGGCCCUGGAGCUGCGGGUGGUGCAGCACUACGUGGGCGCGGACGGGCAGACCGUGGUGCGGGAGCACGUGGGCUGCCUGGAGGCCGGAGGAAAGCUGCCCUCCUACGUUCUGGAGGACAGCGAGCUGACGGAGCUGUGCGUGAGGGCGCACGGGGACGAGGACUGGUCUCAGGACGUCCGGCUGGACCGCCGAGAGAGCUCAGUCGUGCAGGUGCCUUGUUCCAGUGGCUCCCUCCUGAAUGUGUGGUGUACCCUAAUCACACUGGAAGCAGACACACACAUGCAGCAGAGAGUGGUGGUGUUUAGUCCUCUGUUUAUCAUGAGGAGCCACCUGCCGGACCCGGUGAUCAUCCACGUGGAGAAGCGCAGUCUGGGCCUGAAGGAGAGCCAGCUCAUCCACGGACAGGGACAAGAGGAGGCCCUGCUCAACGUAGAGGCCGACCUCACACACCACCUCACCUUCCAGGCCAGGGAGGACGAGGACGCCUCUCAGUGUGCGGUGCCCAUCUCGUCCAGCCUGAUCAAGCAAAUAGUGAGCAAGGUGGCACCGGAGGAGAGCAGCCAGCAGCACAUCCUCUCUGACUUCUACGGGGCCAAGAGCUCCAGCCAACCAGCCUGGCCCUACACCAGCAAAGACUCCAGCAGGUCUGGGCUGGAGACAGUAGGCCAGUGGGAUAGCCCCAUGCAGGUGAAGCUGUCGGCGUGGAGGCCCGGCCUGAGCACCCUGCUGGUGGAGCUGCUGCCGUGGGCCCUGCUGGCCAACCACUCCCACUGGGACCUGUGGCUCUUCGAGGGCGAGCGCAUCGUCCUGCAGAUCCCCGCUGGCGGGGUCAUAGUGCCCCCCAACUUCAAGGAGGCCUUCCAGAUUGGCAUCUACUGGGCAAACACCAACACGGUGCACAAGUCUCCGGCGCUGAAGCUGGUGCACGACCUGACGUCGCCGCGCUGGAAGGAGGGCUCCAGCCCCGAGGUCAUCACGCUGGACGAGGACGGCUUUGUGGAGGCCGACAUCACGCUGGGGGCCUUUCCCGGCAGACAGAAGGUGUGUCAGUUCUGUGUAUCAUCGGUGGUGAGGCACGGGAUGCAGAUCCUGCAGGUUGAAGACCGCACCAUCCUGGUGAACAACACCUCCCUGGCGCUCAGCUACAAAGCCCUGCUGUCCGAACACGGCCUGGCCAGCAGCAAUGAGCCAUGCAGGCCUGUGGAUGCGGCUGUGUUUACUCUGGCUCCGGCAAGGGACAGUGGCCACCCGCGCCGCUGCGCUGUGCCCUGCUGGGACCUGCUGAGAGAAGGUCCCCAGGCGGAGGUGGAAUCCCCACUGCCCGUCAAACACAUGCUCCUCAGCUCCACACUGGGGCCCACAGCUGUGCCUGGUGGUGCAGCUGCGUCCUGGAGCCUACCGGUGUCCGUAAGGCCAGACUUCCCCAGGCAGAGUGUCGCAGUGCCUGAUGCCAGCACGGCUGGACUCAACAGCAGGCCCUUGGUGGUGACGUACCAGGAGCACAUAGGAAUCACGUACAUCACGGUGAGCGAGGAUCCCUGCCCACGCAUGCUGCUGCACAACAAGUGCCCCAUCGCCAUGCUGCUCAGAGAGAACGUCAGAGAGACCCCCCGGGCAGAGGUGUUCUGUCGGCCGCUGCCCCCCCUCAGCUCCCUGCACCAUGAGCUCUACCACCAGGCCUCCAACUUCCCCGACUGCCGGCCCCGAGAUAGCCUGCCCACGCUCCUCCUGAGGGCCACGCCAGACCCUGAGGCCUCCCCACUGCCCCAGCCCGACUGGACUGAGCCCAUCGACAUUAACAGCCCCGGAACACAGGUGGUGUUUCUGCCCAGCUUUGGCUGCCUGUAUGUAGAUGUGAGUCAUCAUAGUGGCACAGUCAUCCUCACCCUCGCACCUGAGAGCUGUGCUGGAACCAUCAUCAGUCAGCACCACAGGUUGUCCAAGCAGUCUCUGUCGUUCCGUGUGCUGCUGAGCGAGGUCAGUGUGGCGCUCUGUGAUGACAUCACCAGCCCGUCCGGCUCGGUGGAGUUGCUCCGCCUCACGCUGUCUAAGCUGCUGCUACACCACUCGCCCUCCGACCUCUCUGCCGACCUCUCGGCCGACCUCCUCACCACCACCUCCUCCUCUGCCUGGGACCUCCACCCAGACCCCGGCUCCCCCGUGCCCGGCUGGGGUGGCAGCGUGCUGGAGCUGUACUGUGCCAAUCUGCAGCUGGACAACCAGCUCUACACCCGCUCCAGCUUCCACUUCCCCGUGCUGCUGUGCCAAGACCCCCGCACCGCCGAGCCUCAAUCCUCCUCUUCCUCCUCUCCCUCUUCCUCCUCCUCCACGUCCUCUGGCGCCCCCUGGAGCUCGGAGGCCAACCCCCUCCUCUCCCCCCACGCGCUGCAGGCGUACCGCAGCUCCUGCUUCCUGCGUCUGGCGAUGGCUCUGGGCCCCGACCUCAGCCUGGAGACGGUGGCCUUCCAGCUGCAGCCCGCGCGCGUCUACCUGGAGGACACCUUCGUCUACUACGUCAAGACCCUCUUCCACUCCUAUCUGCCCGAGUCCGCCUUCAGGAGCGGGAGCAGUGGGUCCCCGUCCUCGUCUUCGUCCUCGUCCACCACCACCGCCGGCCUGCCGGAGGACGUGGUCCAGGCCACCCAGGCGCUGGUGUGGCCCCUGAGGCUGCAGAGACUGACCAUCCAGCCGGUCAGCCUGCUGGUGAGCAUCCACGCGUCCCUGAAGCUGUACAUCGCGUCGGACCACACGCCGCUCUCCUUCUCCCUGUUUGAGCGCGGCCCCGUCUGCACCACCGCACGACAGCUGGUGCACGCGCUCGCCAUGCACUACGCCUCAGGAGCUCUCUUCAGAGCAGGUUGGGUGGUAGGUUCACUGGAGAUCCUGGGCAGCCCUGCCAGUCUGGUGCGCAGCAUAGGGAACGGCAUCGCUGACUUCUUCAGGCUGCCCUACGAGGGCCUGACCAGGGGCCCCGGGGCCUUCGUCAGCGGCGUCUCCAGAGGGACCACCUCAUUCGUCAAACACAUCUCCAAAGGCACUCUGACCUCCAUCACUAAUCUGGCCACCAGUCUGGCACGGAACAUGGACCGCCUGUCUCUGGAUGAGGAGCACUACACACGACAGGAGGAGUGGAGAAGGCAACUACCAGAGAGCCUAGGGGACGGACUCAGACAGGGCCUCUCACGCCUGGGCAUCAGCCUGCUGGGUGCCAUCGCAGGCAUCGUGGACCAGCCUAUGCAGAACUUCCAGAGGACAUGGGACAUGCAGAGCUCAGCCGGCAGCAAGGCCAAAGGAGUCAUCUCCGGCGUGGGGAAAGGCAUUGUAGGAGUUUUCACCAAACCCAUCGGUGGAGCAGCUGAGCUGGUGUCACAGACUGGAUACGGUAUCCUUCACGGUGCUGGACUGUGGCAGCUUCCCAAACAGCUCUACCUAGCAGUAGAAGUGCAGGCGGCCCAGGCCCCCAACAGCCACCUCAAAUAUGUCUGGAAGCUGCUUCAGUCUCUUGGCCGUCCGGAGGUGCACAUGGCUCUGUGUGUGGGUCUGGUGAGCAGCUCCGGGCAGGAGCACGCCGGGUGUCUGCUGCUGACGGCGGAGGUGCUGUUCGUGGUGAGCCUGUGCGAGGACACCCAGCAGCAGGCCUUCCCCAUCACGGAGGUCACCUGCCAGCAGGACCCCCUCCAGCCCGGGGAGCUCACACUCACACUGCAGCAGCAGAGGGUCAGCAGUGACAAUGAGGCCGAUGGGGGCCGUGAGCGUCUGUCAGAGCAGCAGUACCGGAGGCUGGUGGAGUACGUGACGCGUGUGUCUCAGCACCUCUCCCCCUCCACCUCCAGCCUGCAGCAGCAGCACUCCCCCGUCACCCUGGCCGAGCCGCCCCCAACCCUCACCAAGUCCUACCGCUACCUGGUGGAGCCCGCGCACGCACGUGUCUUCGUCUACAAGUUCACUACGGUCAAGAACAAGGCCCUACGUGUGGGCUUUCACUGACACAUACACUGAGACACACACACACACACACACACACACACACACACACACAGCUGACAGCCACCACUGAUGGCCUUAUUUACUGGACCGAUGGGCUCUGUCUGAGAGAGCGAACUAUAUAUGCACUGCGGUCAAGCCCUGACCAGAAGCAUUUAGCAGGAACACCAGUUGAAGGGAAAACGGAUCUCAGUGCUACCUGCGAUUUGUGGACGGUCUGGCUCGAGCGUGAGGUAUGAGGAGUGCAGGUGGAACUUAACUAUGUAAAGGAUAAAGCUGCCCUGGUAGUGGAUGAUUCAGGACCGGAUGCCUCCAGGACUCGUGGGCUGUGGAGGAAAGGCUUUAGGGAGAAGCAGGAGAGUGUAGUGGGCAUGUGAGGAGGGCUGAGGGAUGUGUGAGCAGGAAGACGUGAGGUUGGACAGAUGGAGUGUAGUGCCCACACCACUACAACAGGAUGGGAAAGGGAAAACGCGGGGUGAAUUGUAUUGCAUUUCAUUCCGAAAUAAUGUACACACACACAGAGAGAGUUUCAUGCACGCUAGCACUAACAUACAUACAUUCACAAAGAGGCCUUUCAUUUCCAUGUAUUUAUUACAGUAUCAGAGCUGCACAUUAGCGCGUCUAAGUUUAGCACAGUUAGACCCCCCUCUUUAUAAAGCAGACUGUUCGACUGUUGAAGCCAGGCUGUGGCUUCAUAAACUCCAGAUCUAUGGUGACCGAACUCCCCAUCACCCCCAUGAAUUAUUCUAGAACACUCAACAGAGAAUGUAGAAGACAAGAAACUAAGACGUUGGCUGGAUAGAAAUCUCUAAUGUACAGAUCACCUCACGCUGAGUCUUGUGUUCUCGUGCCCUUUCAACACUAACAGCGGGGGAGUUCAGGAGGAGGAGGAGGUUAACCAGGGUUGGUGCUCAGUUCCCCUUCAGAUGUGUGUCAGUGUCAGCAUGUCACCUCUCUCCUCCUCUCGCGUUGAGAUGGUUGUCCUGUGCGUUUAAACUUCGCCCGUGCUUCAGCGUGAGGAGCCCAUGCCAAUGUUUGUGCAAUAAGUGUGUGUGGUUAAGGCUCGUGAGUCUGCGCGUCCUGGCAACCAACCAAAAGCUGAGUGAGUGUAUUCCUGGGUUUUGUAUAUUUCCUUUUUAGAAGACGUUACUUAACUGAUGUUUGAUUUUUAUUUGUGUAUUUUUUUUAGAUGACAUGACCUAACUGACGUUUGAUUUUUAUUUGUUGUUGUUUUUUUUUCAUUUUUGUACUCAUUCGUCUCUGCCAACAUUGUCCUUUUGCUAAAAUAAUGUUUUAAUAUUAAAAAAAAGCCUUUUUACUAGACCCUGUCAACUUUGUGGAGGAAUCAUCCUUUUGUAAGCCAUCUGAAGCAUUCGCAAUGCUAACGACUGAUGUAUCAAUAAUGAAAUAUAUCAUUCUAAUAAAAUAUUUAAUUAA